UUGACGACUACACACACAAUACAAUAAUAUUCAGGUCACCGAUUUAUUGAAACGAACUAGAAAGACACUUUCCCAUUCAACCUUUUCUUCCGAGAAAACGGCUAACGUUGCUAACUUCAAGUUUCCUCAGUUCCGAAAAUUUUUCACACUUUUUGAACAUUGAUGCUUGUUAUUACUUUACUUGGUUUUCUGGUUCCUAUACUUCAAGCUUCAUCCCGAUGCUCUGCACCAAAUGCUACUACAUAUCUACGAUCUGAGGGUACUCGUUUAAUGGAAUUUUCCACAAAAGUCAUGAAAGAUGUAACUCUGAAUGAGUGUGCAAACGCAUGUUCCAAUUCUUUAUCGACUGAAGAAUGUCUUUCAUUUGAAUAUGAUGCAUCAAUUCUUCAGUGUUCUCAUCAUUCAGACGAUGGUCAACCAUUCGGGGCUUCUGUAUUGGCAAAAGCAUCACAGACAAUCUCGUUUUUUCAGCAAAUUUGUUUACUCGAAGAAGCAGUUUGUAAGGCUCCAUAUUCCUUCGAGAGAUAUCCACAAUCGAUUCUAAUCGGGCAUGCAAUGAAAGUUCUUACUGUAGAUGGACUUUCCGAUUGUCUAUCAAAAUGUGCACUUUCCCAAAGAUCUUAUGAUUUUCUAUGUAAAUCAGCGAUUUAUUACUAUGAAACAGGAGAAUGCAUUAUGAAUCGAGACAACAAAUUUAUAUAUCCAAAACUGUUCAAAACCAAUAUUUUGGAUACACUGGUCGAUUAUUUUGAGAAUAAUUGUGCAGAUGUCUCAUGUAAGCCUGAAGAAACACUACAUUGGGUUCGAACAGAAGAAUAUUUAAUUGAUGAAUCAAAGGAUGUGAUAGUUGAAAGUUCGGAUGCUCAAGAAUGUAAUCAGUUAUGCCAGAAUAAUAAAAUUGGUGAAGAGAAUUUUCCAUGUAAAGCAUUUGCCUACAGUAAUUCUAAGCAAGAAUGCCAUCUAACAGCUGAAAGUAGCUAUGUCGGACAUAAAGGAGAUAAACGAUUCAAUCUAGCACCACUAAACAGUGGAGAAUACUUUGAAAAAUAUUGCUUGCCAACAAAUCUUCAAUGUAUCGAAGCAAGUUUUGAAUUAGUUGCCAAUCGAAUGAUGACCAGUGCGUAUAAAACAAUAUCUGCACUUUCCCAACAUGAAUGUCUCAGUCAAUGCAUGAACGAUGGUGCAAGGUGUUCAAGUGCAACUUAUUUUUAUAUGGAUGAUGAAUGUCAACUUUCUGAUAUUUCCCAAUUUUCGCGUCCAAAUGAGUUUGUCGUGGCCAACUUUACCGACUAUUUCGACAAGAUAUGCGAUCCCGCCGACCCAAAACCAAUGUUAACAACACCAGAAACCCCUCCAGAAUUGAUACAGAAUAGUGUUGAUGAGGAAGAGACAACAUCAGAAAGAAGUAUUGCUCAGGGAGCAGCUAACUUUGAAGUUGCUACAACAGGAACCAGUGUUGAGUUCGAGGAUGAUAACCUGUUGAAAGAUAAUCAAGCUGUUGAUGCAGUACAUGGAGUCACUACGACUACCAAUAUUGGUGAAAAGAGAGAAACAAAAGUAGAAAUCGAAGAAACUGUGAUCGAUGAUGCUGAUGAGUUUUCUCGAGAAAUUGAUGACUCUCAUGAAGAAUCCCCAUUAACAUCUUCUGAAGAAUCAGAAGGAAGAGUAAAAGCAAGGCUCUCAACAGAAUGCAGAAUGUCUGGAAUCUCGGUGUCUUUAAAGUUUGCAACACCAACUUCUGGAACAAUUUAUAUCAAGGAUCAUUUUUCUAGCUGUCGUCAAUCUUUCUCGAAUACUUCAUUUGCUGAACUCCAUAUUCCAUUUCCAACAGAAGAUGAUUCGAAAUGUGGUGGCAUUGAAUCAGAACCACAUAAAUGGGAUUACAAUGUUGUCGUGGAAAGAAACGAUAUGAAAACUCCUUCUCUGGUUACAACAAAAGACAAAACAUUCCAAGUUUCUUGCGAUUUUUCAAAAAUUGCUGAUAAGAAUCAACUUGCUGCUUUGAAACCAAAAGUUGAAGGAGACGUUAAAAGUGAGAAAGUUCUGAUGGAAAUAGUGAGAAAUGGACAAGCAGUAACUACAGUUCCGCUUGGUGCAGAAGUUUCUUUAAGAUGGACAGUAAUCGAUGAAACCGACAAACUUGGAUUCUUCAUUAAUGAAUGCAUUGCUGAACGUGUUGGUGGACAGCCACCAUAUCCAGAACCAUUGAAGAUUAUUUAUCAAGGAUGCCCUGAAGAGAAGGUUCGCAAUCGACUUCUUCAUGAUCCAGUCGUGAAGAAUGGAGAAGUAUACUCCACAAAAAUGAAAGUGUUUCGAUUCGAUGGAUCCCGAAGAGUGCGGAUCAAAUGUUCAAUUGAUGUUUGUGUGGAAAAAUGUCCUCCGGUGAUUUGUGAUGAUUUGGAAAUUCGAAAUGUGGACAGUUUUGGCAGGAAAAAACGAAAUUCAAAUGUAGAAAAAUGGUUGAAAGCUGGAAACAAAAAAGAGACAAGAAAACGUCGUAUGGUGACAGGAACACUUACAAUAACCGAUGAAGAAGAAACGAAUACAACGGUCAAACCUCGUCCAGAGUUUUCAACAUCCUCUUCUUCAUCUUCUCAACAACAAUAUUGUGUUCAAAAGGAUCGAAUUGAAUUUUUAAUUGUGAUUGUUGUACUUCUGAUUCUACUUCAAAUCGGAUUGGCAUUAUUCUUCUAUAGAAAAUGUGUCAGCCGAUCAUCAAUGGAAACAUCAAGUGUUUAUUCGGAAGGUAGUUCGAGAUGCUCUGCCACGUCAUCGGCCUAUAAUACAUGUAAUCGACAAAUGGAACCACCUGUCUUACCGGUCAGACCUGCAAGGUUUUCAGAUGGAGUUCAACCUCCAUUCACGGAAAAUCCAUACAAUCGAUUACAUCAUUUCACAUAAUUGGAACUUUUAAAUUUGUUUAUGUAAAUGCGUUUUAGUGUGAAUUUUAACUUUUUUGAAAACCAUUUUAAAUUAAUAUAUUGGAAACAUUUAUGAGACACGACAAAUAUUUUCAACUUUUAGUUUCGCAGUGAACUCACAUGAAACGUAUUAACUCCUUGAUAAAAUAUUUAUCAUUAGAGAUCCGUCAAGGAUUUUUGCUCACUACUUUCCACACUUUUUUAAUGUACAUAUCUUGCCGUUUGAAAUAUUUAUUUAAUAUUUUAUUUAAUUCCUUUCUAUAUUAUUUUGUAUUUUGGCUUUCCAAUUCCUCUAAUACUGUGCCUUUGAACAAUAAUUGUGUGUGUCUUUUUUAAAAUCUCUAGUGAUCUAUGUCAUUUUAUAAAUCUUUUUACUUAUUCUAAUUUUGUAUUUAUAUUUUAUAUUUUGAGUAAUUUUACGAAUAAUAAUCAAUUUUUCACUUA